ACUCUCUCCUCAUCCAGAGAUGCUUACUACAAACAGCUGAGCUGGAUUCCACAUCAACAAAGCCAUCCGCCCAAAUAAAUGUUAUAGUCAGCAAACGACAGACAUCUUGCAGCUCCCUCAGCAGAUCUUUUAUUUUUAGCACCUGUACACUUUUUCUAUUUUUCUUUUUUUCUUUUUUUUUCUUUUUUUUUUCCAUUUUGGAAUUUCUAUUUUCAAGUAAAAGAAUUGUCAAGCUUCAAGAAUUCUUCUAAAAAGCAGGGAUACAUAAAUAAAAUCAUUCAUGACCAAAUUUCCACCAACAUGAAAAGAGUGUCUGCCAUGGGUGAAGGAGAAGGAAGCACUGUGCUACCUGUAGAACAGUUCCAGAGAAUGGAAAUGAAACAACAUUCCUGUUGCUAGACCUUCCCUGGUGCUGUGGGCCUGAGGGGCUGCUCUGCCAUCCCUCCCUUCCUGCAUUUCCCCUCUGUGUGCCCCUGGAAACACCUUGCCAGCAUGGAGAACUGCCCCCAGGCACAGAUGUACUUAGAUAACAAGGAUGAGAGUACGGUUUCUAGACAAGAAAUGGAGCUGAAUCAGACUCCUUCACAUAAAACCAGUUUGUCUGCAACAGUGGCAACCAAACCCGGGUCUAGAAGCUGCAAUGAGCUGUGGCUCUUAAAAGAGUAUCAUGGCAUGGUAACGAGUCUUGGAGAGCCAAAUACCCCCUGUGAAAAAGCAGCAGUAGAAGAGGAUGGCUGCAUUGCUCUGGGCAAGGAUUUCACUCAAGUUCCCAUGCAGGGAAGAUACCACUUCAGUUUUUCCAAAUUAUUCAGCUCAAGGUCAAGAACCACUUGCUUUACAGAGAAGACACCACUGCUGAAGGUUUCCUCAGAGGAAAAUGGGUUGCCAUGCAUGGCUCUUCAUAAUCCAGAUUUUACCACAGAUGAUGAUUCAUGGGACAACAGCUCUUCAGAAUUUGAACAGAGAUUUCAUCUGGGAAGUGAAAUGACCAGUUUGUCUAGAUCUGCUUCUUCUGAGAAAUAUGAAAUCUUGGACAACCUUCAUGUCAAGUUCAAUUUAUCAAAGAUGAGACGCUGUCUAAAAUUCCUGAAAAUUUUAGUCCUUUUUAUCUUUGUAGUUGUCUGCUCUAUUUUGUUUGGCAUUUAUCCAGAUCAACGUGCGUCCUGGCAGAUGUUGGCUGUCUCGCCUCUGCAAAGCUUCUCUAUGAAUUUGACAGAUUUUCAUGACUCUGCUCUGUUGAAGUUAGACAUGGGAGGCCCGUUUGCAGCAGAUGUAGCUGAUGAACAAGCACAAGAAUACAUUUUAGUACAAGUCAGCCAGACUGAAGAAACUGGAUCAAGGAGGAGACGCCAACAGCAGGUGGUAUACAACUGGUCUCUACCCUUAAGUUCAAGAAGAAAUCAGCAAAUCAUCACAACUAGAACCUUUCAGAUACCAAACAGAGGCACCAUCGUCUUAAACAUUCAAGCUUUCCUGCAGGAGCCUGGAAGUGUUCCUCUCUCCAUGAAACAUCAAUACCUUCAUGCAAAUAUAGAGGCACAAGUAACAAUUGCAUCCAUCAUCUUAGUAGGCGUCUAUGUGCUGAUCAUAUUAGAAAUUGUUCACAGGACUCUUGCAGCGAUGCUGGGCUCUUUGGCAGCUUUAGCUGCGUUAGCUGCUAUUGGGGAGAGGCCAAGUAUGGUCAAAGUGGUAGAGUGGAUUGAUUAUGAGACAUUGGCGCUACUGUUUGGAAUGAUGGUUUUGGUGGCCAUAUUUUCAGAGACUGGAUUCUUUGAUUACUGUGCAGUAAAGGCUUAUCGAUUCUCUAGAGGCAAGGUGUGGGCCAUGAUUACGCUUCUGUGCCUUAUUGCUGCAAUUCUUUCUGCAUUUUUGGACAAUGUUACCACAAUGCUGCUCUUUACUCCAGUAACCAUAAGGCUCUGUGAAGUACUAAAUCUUGAUCCAAGGCAUGUCCUGAUUGCAGAAGUAAUCUUCACAAAUAUUGGGGGGGCUGCCACAGCUGUUGGGGAUCCUCCAAAUGUGAUUAUUGUUUCCAAGCAGGAACUGAGGAGGCAGGGAUUGGAUUUUGCAACCUUCACAGGACAUAUGUUUGUCGGAAUCUGCCUUGUUGUUCUGGUCUCCUUUCCCUUUCUUGGACUUCUUUACUGGAACAAAAAACUGUAUAAUAAGGAGCCGAGUGAAAUUGUUGAACUGAAACAUGAGAUCUAUGUUUGGAGGUUGACUGCUCAGCGCAUUAACCCCGCCAGCAGGGAAGAGACUGCUGUGAAAUGCCUCUUGAUGCAGAAGGUGCUGACUCUGGAGAUGCUCCUGAGGAAGAAGCUCAGGACAUUCCACAGGCAAAUUUCACAAGAAGAUAAAAACUGGGAAACAAAUAUUCAGGAACUCCAGAAAAAGCACAGAAUAACAGACAAAAUCCUGCUCAUCAAAUGCCUGACUGUGCUGGGAUGUGUUAUUCUCAUGUUUUUUCUCAACUCAUUUGUUCCAGGUAUCUACUUAGAUCUUGGCUGGAUUGCCAUUUUGGGAGCUAUUUGGCUGUUAGUGCUAGCAGACAUCCAUGACUUUGAGAUGAUAUUAAGCAGAGUGGAAUGGGCAACCCUUCUUUUCUUUGCAGCAUUAUUUGUUCUCAUGGAGGCUUUGGCUCAUCUGCAUUUAAUAGACUACAUAGGAGAACAGACAGCUUUGCUAAUAAAGGUGGUUCCUGAGGACCAGCGCUUGGCAGUGGCCAUCAUUUUGGUGCUCUGGGUAUCUGCUUUGGCCUCGUCUGUGAUUGACAAUAUCCCAUUUACAGCUACAAUGAUUCCUGUUCUUCUCAAUCUGAGUAAAGAUCCUGAUGUUAACUUGCCUAUGAAACCAUUAAUAUUCUCAUUGGCCAUGGGUGCAUGCCUUGGAGGCAAUGGAACAUUGAUUGGAGCAUCUGCAAACGUUGUUUGUGCAGGAAUUGCUGAACAGCAUGGAUAUGGCUUUUCUUUCAUGGAAUUCUUCAGCAUCUCCCUUGAAGUUUUCAUGGGUCGGAAUCAUUCUCCUUUGUCUUCCAGUAUCCCUCACUACAAAGAAUGAAAGUCAGAAUCAUUUCUAUUUUGUUGUCCUGAAUUCCUCUAUUGCCAGAUUACAGUUUUGAAAGGUAAAAGUGAUUGGAAAAUCCGAAGUGUUUUUUUUUUUUUUUCAACACUAUGUGGCUGACCUCUCCUAUUGGAGAACAUCUGAGAUUGCCUCGCCGUUUCUAUGAGACUGACUUCAAGUCUCGCCAAUGGCUUUUAAACAGUCUUCCUUCCUUCUAUCCCCAUCUGACUCUGGGAUGUUCUUCCACAAAGAGAAGAGAAGCCAAGCACUAUUGGAGACCUGGAUCCUGGGAUGUCUCUGACUCACCUGUCAUGCCUGAUAGUUGAACUUCAAUAAUUUCUUUCUUAUAGUAUCUUUUCUUAGUUACAGCAUAUUUUGACUGUCGAUUUACCUAGGGGAAUAAUGACAACAUGGGUUACCCUGAAUAAUCACUGCAUUAUAUUUAUGCUCCUCCAUCUCUUCCCAGUGAUUAAAUAAAGACUAUUCCUUAAUAUUAUGCUCUUCAAAGAUCUGGGAAAGAAAAAAACAAUAGCAAUCAUCAUCAUCAUCAACAACUUUUUUUCUUCUAGCGAGUAGGUUGAGUCCUUAUUGUAAUUGCUAAGUAAUGGUUGAUAAUUUGCUGAACCGGGUUUCACUCCAAGGCCAUAGCAAGAAAUACAUGAAAAGUAACUAGAAUGAUUAGUUGCUUAGUUUUUCAGCUGCUUUUAGAUCUGAGCAGAUUAUGAUCCUGAUAUUUCCAAGUUGCUGAAAAACUGUGGAGACAAGCUCAUGCUGCAGAUCACAGCUUUUGAAAUGACAAGUGAUAUUUCUCAGACUUCUGGAAGAUGGCAGAUGAAACAACAAAUCUUGUCACACUAGCAGGCAGUUAAAAGUAGAGCCAAACUCAGUAAAAAUUUUGAAACUGUUAUAAAAUUUCUGUAUUUGUUAAAGUAUUGUCCCAAUGACAAGGAGAACAUUAAGAUCUGAAACAUACACUUUCUGAUAUUCUACCAGGUUAUCAUUCCUGCAAUCCACCACAGUGUUAUAGCUGCAAGCCCAAAAUUUUGAAAUUGGUAUUUUGAAACUGGAUUUUUGCAGCUGCUGUUCAGCUCCAUGGAGAAACAGGAUGGCUUCUCAUACCUUAUGUUUCGAGGAAGGACAUUCUGUCAGUGAGUUUUGUCUGCUUUCACCUUAUUGCCUCAUUGACUCAGUGAAAUGGACUAGAAGGCAACAAAAUAGCACCAUGUUUGAUUCCUUUCAGUAUGUCCAUAUCUCUCUUGUGCUGGGAAGAACUUCCAUGCAAAUUUUAUUUUUCUAGCUUCUGAAUAGAGAAUUGUGAAUAAUUACUGAGUUUAUCUAGUGAUAAUUUAAGCUUUUGGAGUAAGCUUCUGCUAAUACAGACCUCUCUCACCUACCACCUUGAAAACUACCAUCUUUUCCUUUUUUUCUAUUCCCUUUUCUCGUUGAUGAAACCUCCUUGGACAGCUGGAAUUAAACCAUUAAUUGCUGCUGGGUUGAACCUGGAAAAAUCCUUCCUUCAGCCACUUCUGGCAGACACUGUAUGAUAGUAGAGAAAUAUUAUUUAUUCUUCAGUGCUACAGCGAUCUGAGCUAAAAUAAAGGCAGGGAAGACUCACAGAACUUGAGCUGAAAAAGACCUGAGAAAUCAUGUUGGCUACACUGGGACUGUUAAAACUUGUGAGCAGGAGACCCUCAUGAUGCCAACAAUCAUCUGGCUGUAGAAAAAGCAGGGAGAAGAAUGAUGCACUAAAGCUGCAGCCCCAGUAUGUACCAUGGAGGUUCUGGAUAUGUUUUCAAUGAAGACUUAUUGUAUCUGUUUACUGGUAUUAUAUUUAUUUUUUGCAGGUGAAAUGUA